UGAGCCAAUUGCAAGGGGAAAUGGGAGGUUCCCAAGUGCUGUUGGGCAUCCAACGUGGGACUAUGGAACGAAGACUGAAAAAAAAUGUGUACAAAAAAACUCAUGGUGGAUAGGGUCUGAAGUUGGGACUGAACCAGGCUCGGAACGCUGAGGUUUUCUGACCGCAUCUGAUAAGCAUUUACUAGGACCUUCACUACAGUAACCCGUCGAGUGUGCGGCGAAGUUGGGAUCAAUCCGCACAAAGUGUUUUAUUUUUGGGGUGUUUUGCAGCGCCAUAAACGAGAAGUCAACGAUAACUCGUUUUCGGCACCGAACUCACCUCUUUCGAGUGCUUCAUUUGCGUAGCAGUGUAACGCCUUCAAAGUUUUAGCUAACAUUCCAAGCGUGCGAUGAAGAGAAGAUAAGUUUUAAAGUUUGUUUUGAGUGCCACUGCCGAGGCAAUCCGCAUAGUCUAGUAUUUGGAAAAUGUGUACAUUUGGUCUAGGAAAAUGAGUGUCACAUGUAUAUUUGACAUGAUGAAAGUAAUCUUAAAAAUUAAGAGCCCCUGUUGAUGUUUGUCAUAUUUUUUCUCUGGCAUUCUUUUUAGGCUAUCUCGAUGUUUCCCCAAAACGAAUCGCUUUGCCAAGAAAUUAUACUCGUUUUCAACCUUUUAUGGACAAGUUCAACUUUCUUGUUGGUUAUUUAAUUCUGGCUGCUUGACAAGUUUAUUGUAGCCGUCUUGCUUCGUAAACCGUGAUACACCUUUGAUUUCAGCCCACAUUGGACAAAAGUUGGACUGGGAACUUGCGUUUAAAUGACUCGGUUAUUUGGAAGAGUAGACCAGUUGUACACACCACAAGUGUUUGUUUUUCUUCAUUUUACCACAACGCAAUUGAUGUGAUAUAAUAGUCCGCACUAUCUCUAAAACUACCAGAUUUCCAAUUUGUGGAGACGACGAGAGAUCAGUGGCCAGCGCGCGAUUAAACUUGAUACAAAAUGGCGGCGUCCCUGGGACGAAUUGGAUCGGUUUCUCACUAUGGUUUUUAUUUAGUUUUGUCGCUGGAACUGUUAAUCAAUUACGGCUUGAGUUCAGAUUUACCAUGUGCUCAGAACUGUACCUGCACUGGAGAUUCUGUGGACUGUAGUCAUUUGGAUUUGACAGAUACACCGUUGGACCUGCCAAUUCAGACAGUUUCCCUAAAUCUUGGCCACAACAAGCUGACAGCCGUUGACGCCGAAGUCUUCUCAAACCUCCCAAACCUACGAGAGCUGCGCCUGGACCAUAAUGAGCUGACGUCCAUCCCUGAUCUAGGACCGGCUGCGUCUAAGAUCGCUUCCCUCUACCUACACCACAAUAGGAUCCGCACCAUUGAUGGGAGGCGGAUGAGAGACCUGGUCUCCGUGGAAACACUGGACCUGAGCAACAAUGACAUCACAGAAGUCAGAGUUCAAGGUUUCCCAGCAGGUCUCCAGAUCAAAGACCUGUACCUGAGCAACAACAAGAUCCAGUUCCUGGAGGCUGGUGCUCUGGACCAGCUCUCCUCGUCCCUGCAGGUUCUGAGACUGAGCCGGAACCGCAUCUCUCAGGUCCCUGUCAAAGGCUUCCAGCUCCCCAAGCUCACCCAACUUGAGCUGAACAGGAACCGUGUGAGGCAGGUGGAGGGGCUGACCUUCCAGGGUCUGGCCAGUCUGGAGGUCCUCAAGCUACAGAGGAACAACAUCAGCAAGCUCACCGACGGAGCCUUUUGGGGCCUGGCCAAGAUGAAAGUGCUUCACCUGGACUACAACAGCCUGAGGGAAGUGAACAGUGGCUCCCUGUACGGCCUGUCGUCUUUGCUGCAGCUCUUCCUCAGUAACAAUUCAAUCUCCCACAUCAACCCAGAUGGCUGGAGGUUCUGCCAGAGGCUACGGGAGCUGAAUCUGUCCUACAACAACCUGAGUCGUCUGGAUGAGGGCAGCCUGGCGGUGCUGGGGGACCUCCACACACUCCGUCUGGGGCACAACGCCAUCAGCCACAUCACCGAGGGUGCCUUCAGAGGCCUCAAGGCCCUGCGCCUCCUGGAACUGGACCAUAACGACAUCUCAGGCACAAUAGAGGACACCAAUGGGGCCUUCUCUGGACUGGACAGCCUCAACAAGCUAACUCUGUUUGGAAAUAAGAUCAAGUCGGUGGCCAAGAAAGCCUUCUCAGGACUGGAGGCCCUGGAGUACCUGAACCUGGGAGAGAACGCCAUCCGCUCCAUCCAGUCAGAGGCCUUCAGCAAGAUGAGGAGCCUCAGGAACCUGCUCGUCCAGAGUGACAGUUUCCUGUGUGACUGUCAGCUCCACUGGUUCCCUGAGUGGCUGAUGACCCGGGGGCUACAGACUGGCGUAGAGGCUACCUGUGCCCACCCCGAAACCCUGAAGGGUACUAGCAUCUUCCAGGCUCCACCAGAGAGAUUUGUCUGUGAUGACCUGCCUAUGCCCCAGAUCACGGUGCAGCCAGAGACCACAGUGACGGUUCUGGGUAGUGACGUGCGCCUCACGUGCACGGCGGCCAGCAGCAGCAGCUCACCUAUGACCUUCGCCUGGCGCAAAGACCAGGAGCUGCUCCGCCAUGCUGAGGUGGAGAACUUUGCCCACGUGCGCGCUCACCACGGGGGGGUGCAUGAGGCCGGGGGGGUGAUGGAGUACACCACCAUUUUGCACCUGCGCCAUGUGACCUUCGCCCACGAGGGCCGAUACCAAUGCAUCAUCACCAACCACUUUGGCUCCUCCUACUCCACCAAGGCCCGCCUCACUGUCAACGUCAUGCCUACGUUUGUGAAGACCCCUCGAGACAACACCAUCCGUACGGGCACCACUGCCAAGCUGGAGUGUGCGGCCGAGGGGCACCCCACCCCCGAGAUCGCCUGGCAAAAGGACGGAGGCACGGACUUCCCGGCGGCACGCGAGCGGCGGAUGCACGUGAUGCCUGACGAUGACGUGUUCUUCAUCAUGGACGUCAAGCUGGAGGACAUGGGCGUGUACAGCUGCACCGCCAAGAACACAGCGGGCACCGUGUCUGCCAAUGCCUCUCUCACCGUGCUGAAGACGCCCCACCUGGACCAAGAGCUGGAGGACCGUAGUGUGGUGGUGGGGGAGACUGUAGCCCUGCAGUGUAAGGCCCAGGGCAGCCCCCCACCCAAAAUCACUUGGCUGAGGAACGACGAGCCCCUCCACUCCUCUGACCGACACCACUUCACCCCCGGCAACCAGCUGCUGGUGAUCGGCAGCGCCGCCCUAGAGGACGCUGGGAGGUACACGUGCGUCAUGUCCAACACGCUGGGCACGGAGCGCGGCCACAGCCAGCUGAGUGUCCGUCAGCGGCAGACCGGCUGCUCCGCUCCGUCCGGCCCCAGCACCGUCACCAUGGGCAUCAUCGUAAUUGCCGUGGUGACCAGCAUCGUGGUGACCUCGCUGGUGUGGGUGUGCAUCAUCUACCAGACGCGCAAGAAGAGCGAGGAGUGCAGCGUAACCAACACGGAUGAGACAAUCGUGCCCCCGGACGUCCCCAGCUACCUGUCCUCCCAGGGGACCCUCUCGGAGCGCCAGGACGUGUGUAUCCGCGUGGAGGCUAGCGUUGGACCUCAGCCCAACGGACACAUAGACAACACAGGUUACAAUGGGGCUGUAGUUUGUACAGAGUGUAUGGAGAAUGGGAACAGCUACUCCAAGUCAGACUCAGAAUACCUCCCCCAGGGGCUUGGACCUGCAGGCCUGGAGUACCAACAACGCGCUCACCCCCAGCACAUGGACUACAGUGUACCUGUACCCCUAGGGGUGGACACGGGACCCUACACGGCCCCCCUCUGCAACGGGACCCCCAAUGGAGUCAGAAGGGAUGCCCCGCCACCUGAAUUUCCCAGCAACCACAACACAGUGUCAUCACAGAGAAAACACAACAGAAAAGGUUCCUCAGUGAACAGGACAGGACACACAAUGCUAGUGUGCUCCCCAUCCCAAGAGGAGGCCUUCCACAAGCCGGUGAAACUCGCCCCCGUAACACACCAAUACACACUGGACACGGAUUGUGAGCCAGAGCUCAGACAGACUCUACUGUCCAACGGACACACUCCCAGAGCCUCCCAGAGUGACAGCACCCCCCUCAGGAGCGCCAGCGACUAGCAGGCUCUCCCCACCCUGACACUAACAGACUCACUAGCCCUGAGAGGACUUGUUCUUUGCACUGGGAACUGCUACCUCAAACAGAGAGGCCAAGAUCUGAUCCCCUCCCCUAACAGGGCGGGAGCAGGGAGGGGGGUGGCAUCCAGAGUUUUGAAGGCGGAGCUUGUGUGGGUGGCGUCCCAUCUGAGCGUAUCAGCUGUACAUACUUAAAACCUUCCCCUGGGAGGUGUCAACCAAUCCUAGCUCCAAAUGUGACUUGCAUUUGAAGCAUGCAAAUGUAGGGAAUAUUUUACAGUAAUGUGCGAAAGAGAUAUACCAUUUGACAAUUAACUGUACAUAAGAGUUUUCAUAUAUAUAUUAUAUAACUUUUACAAAGAGUAUUUGAAUUUAUUCUGUGCAUGACAAAGAACGGAGUGAUGGUAUUCUUUUGUCUCUUUAACAAGCCUUGUCAGCCUCUACUUACCAGCUUCAACUGCGGUGCCUUAUUGCAUGAUCAAAGAAACCACGAACCGGACUCGUAGUAUAGCAGAGAUUUCUGAGAGCUAUCGUACACUCUUUGUCAUAUCAUGGAACACUUUAUUGCACUUGAAUGUUGUUUGACAAACACAAACGCUGCCCGUCAUGGCCUUAAACCAUAACUCAUAUUUACUGGUAUUUUAUGAAGGAAGCUUUGAUUUAAUUUAUUUUGGUACGUGAUAUGGUACAACCUAGGACAAGGGAGUGUUUGGGAUAUGAAUCUAGGUUAUUGAUGUUUAAGCACUUUGGUAUUCAUCAUAAAUGACCUCUGGAAACGCAGACUCGGUACAUGUAACCCAAUAGGAAUGUAAGAAAUCCUAGUCAGGAAACGCGACACAUUUCUGACAUAGCCAUGGAAUGUCAAGUCUCUUCCACCUGUCAAGGUACUAACUAUAGUGCCAUCAGAAAGUAUUCAUACCCCUUGACUUAUUCCACAUUUUUGUUGUGUAACAGCCUGAAUUCAAAAUUGAU